UGAAAAUUUAUUAGUGCUGCUAGUAAUUGAGAAGGAUGGGUGCAGUUGCAGCAAAUGAUCUCAAGCCUCAUGCUGUAUGCGUACCAUAUCCAGCACAGGGUCAUAUCAACCCAAUGCUCAAACUAGCUAAGCUCCUCCACCACAAAGGCUUCCACAUAACCUUUGUCAACACAGAAUACAACCACAACCGCCUGUUGAAAUCAAGAGGCCCCAACUCCCUGGAUGGCCUGCCGGAUUUCAGGUUCGAGGCCAUCCCUGAUGGCCUGCCGCCUACUGAUGCCGACUCCACCCAAGACAUACCCUCUCUCUGUGAUUCCACAUCCAAGACAUGUUUAGCUCCCUUUUCCAGCCUCCUUUCCAGGCUUAACAACGCCGCCCCGGACGUCCCUCCGGUGACUUGCAUAGUCUCUGAUGGUUGCAUGAGCUUCACCGUUGAAGCUGCCCGCCAAUUUGGCCUUCCUGAAGCGCUUUUCUGGACCCCUAGUGCUUGCGGCCUUUUGGGGUACACGCAGUAUUCCCACCUGGUUGAACGGGGAUAUACGCCUCUCAAAGAUAUGAGCUAUCUGACGAAUGGUUAUUUGGAAACCAAACUUGAUUGGAUUCCUGGAAUGAGGAACGACAUACGACUGAGGGAUCUUCCAAGUUUCAUAAGAACAACGGCAGCAGAUGAUAUUAUGUUCAACUUCGUCGUUCACGAAGUUAACAAUAUUCCCAAAGGCACGGCUGUUGUUUUGAACUCCUUUUAUGAGUUGGAGCACGAUGCCUUCGACGCUCUUUCCGCCAUGUAUCCUCGCGUCUUUAGCAUCGGCCCAUUACAACUAAUGCUUAAUCAAAUUCAAGACGAAGGACUCAAAUCAAUCGGUUCAAAUCUCUGGAAAGAAGACCCAGUUUGCAUCGAAUGGCUGGACGACAAAGAGCCAAACUCGGUGGUGUAUGUGAACUUUGGCAGCAUCACAGUCAUGACGGCUCACCAGCUUACAGAGUUCGCCUGGGGACUUGCAAACAGCAAGAAAUCAUUCCUGUGGAUCAUAAGGCCUGAUAUAGUCGCCCGUGACACGGCCAUGCUGCCACCUGAAUUCGUGACGGAAACUAAAGAAAGAGGCAAGCUAGCAAGCUGGUGCCCCCAAGAAGAAGUUCUGAAACACCCUGCAAUUGGAGGGUUCUUGACGCACAGCGGAUGGAACUCGACUUUGGAGAGUGUAUGUGGAGGUGUGCCGGUGAUCUGCUGGCCUUUUUUCGCGGAGCAGCAGACCAACUGCAGGUACAGCUGUGUCGAGUGGGAAAUGGGGAUGGAGAUCGACAAUGAUGUGAAGAGGGACGAAGUAGAGUUGCUGGUGAGAGAGCUGAUGGAUGGUGAGAAAGGGGAAAAGAUGAGGAACAAGGCUUUGGAGUGGAAGAGCAAAGCCGAAGCAGCAGCAGGACCAGAUGGACCGUGUUUCCAGAAUUUGGACCAACUCAUCAACGAUUUGCUUCUCCCUAAGAUUAAAUUGUCUCAAUAAUUAACAAAUCCCCGGAUGAGGUGGAAAUCCUUUGCAUUUGAUUCGAUGAUUUUAUUGUCUGAAAAAAGAGGAUUUUUUUUUUUUUUUGGGAGGAAACUAUGAUUGCUAAAGAAAUCUUUUUGGACAAUGAUUGAUGUGU